AUGGGUUUGACAAUGGAUGAGAAUGGAUCUUUCUAUAUCGUUGACUAUGGAAAACAUGAAGUGAGACGAUAUGGAAGAGGAGAAUCUCAAGGAACAGUUGUUGCAGGUGGCAAUGGAAGUGGAAAUCGUCUCGAUCAACUCUAUGGUCCACGAUACGUAUUCGUCGAUCGAAAUCAUUCAGUAUAUGUAUCUGAUUUGGGAAAUGAUCUUGUGAUGAAAUGGGUGGAAGGUGCAAAACAAGGCAUUGUCGUGGCUGGUGGUCAAGGAAAAGGAAAUGGUCUUACACAAUUGUGUGAUCCUCGAGGAGUCGUUGUCGAUGAAUUGGGCACUAUCUAUGUGGCUGAUCGAGAUGGAAAACAUGGUUGA